GCCAGUUCCAAUGACGGGCUGACUUUGAUAAUGUCGGUAAAACUCAAGUGUGUCUUGGGUUUCUGUGUUGCCGCGCUCCUUGCCAUCGAGGUGACCCUCCUAAGCAUCUACUGGCAGCGCGACAGCGACCCUCGCCUUGGAUUCGCUGGCCGCGCGAGUGACUGGGGAAAUGGCGCCGCUGACAGCGCGAGGAGAGUGAGCGAGUGUCGGUCGAUGUUCGAAAUGAACAGCGACGAGAAGAGGGUUUCCCGUGACACCGACCACUACGAGGACCUGAGUGUCACGUUGCCCUUUCACCCUCGCCAUCGCGGGGCCUCGCAGUCUCCUUCAGGGACGCUGGGGCCGCGGGCUCUUGGCGCGGAGGACCCGGAUCCCCGCCCAUUCCCGACAGGAGGAAGGCUCCCCUACCUUCCGUGCCAGCUGCAGGAGUACGGGCCCGAGCUCACCCUUGACUGCAUGAGGGCAAGGCUUGGCCAGGGCAGGAAGCUGUGGAUCUUGUUUGCCGGAGAUUCGAAGAUUCGCAACACCUUCCUGUCGUUCCUCAACCUCACCAGAGCCAUGGAUUACAACGUCUCGUUCCUGAACACGUUAGGCGGCCUCGAUGAGCUCUGGAGCACGUUGCGCAAAAGAAACACGUGGUGGGAGGACGUGGACGCUGUGUCGACGGCUCUGCCCAACCUUCGCGUCACUCUGAGGUUCUGCACAUUUAUGGUGAGUAACUUCACGUCUUUUGAAGACGACAAAGGCGUUCUUCUCCUGAAGAGGAUGGCAGCGGGAAUCGACCCGGUUCCCGAUCUCUUAGUGACCGGAUAUUCUUCCUGGACUCUGUCAAUAAUGGACUGGGGAUCCACGAUUCCUUACCUCAGUGUCAUGGACCGCGCGAGGGAGGGCGUGCGCCGGCUGGCCUCGCUGUUCCACCGCCUGUCGCUCCGGACUCGCGUGCUCGUGCUGUCGGAGAGCAGAGUGAAGCCGUUCGCGCGGCAUUUCCAUCCCUGGCGCUUCUACGUCUUCUCAGAUAGUAACGUCGAGUGGGGCGAGAAGAUGUUCUUCCAUUACCUUCAGCAGGUAGAAGAGACCCAGAUCCGAGAGAGACGGUCGCCCUCGGGCUCUCGGGCGGAGAGGGACUGGCUCAAGGCCGACUCGGAGGGCCUCUGGUGGUGGGACUCGCUCCUGCCUCAUGGUCUGGCCGUGAGGGCUCUGUGCGCGGAGCUGCACGCCGAGAACCUCACUCUCACGCCGCAGUACGGCCGCUUGCGGUGCAACGACACCAACCACGCCGGCGAAACAACACUGCAAGUGAGGGCGACUAUGUUGCUCAACCUCGUAUGCAAUGCCGCUGUCACUUUGCAAGCCAACAAUGUCUGUUGCCAGUAGA